UGUGGUCUGUGUGAGAGGGAACUCUGGCCGAAUUUUUUUUUCACGCUGUUUGUUGAUCUUUAGAGUGAAAUUCAAGCUCUUUUUUCGUAAUCCUAAACUCUUUUAUGUCGCAAGUAAAGAAUCGGCAAAGGGAAAGGACUGUCUUUAUAAAACGGAGACAAGUUCUUACUAACAAAAAAGCAAGAUGGCAGUCGUAGAGUUUGCGCCAUUGCGAAUCCCACUUCACCGUCGUUUGGAAACCGCCGCAGUAGCUUUAUACUAUUAUUCCUUCUUCUUUGGUGCUCUUCUCGGUUUCCUUAUCAUCAUCGGCUUAUUGUAUACGUCGCUUUAUCCUAUUGCCUUACUCUAUCUCGCCUGGGCCUACCUAUUUGAUUAUGGGACUCCGAGCCAUGGCGGCAGGAGGUCCAAGUUUAUGCGUGGCCUGCGAGUAUGGAAGUAUUUUCGCGAUUAUUUCCCAAUCCAGCUGGUAAAGACAACUGAGUUGGACCCAAGUAAGCAUUAUGUGUUUGGCUAUCAUCCUCACGGAAUCUUGUGUGCGGGAGCGUUUUGUAAUUUUGCCACGGAAGCGACAAACUUUUCGGAGGUCUUUCCCGGGAUAACACCACAUCUCCUGCCUCUUAUGGCCCUCUUCAAGCCACCACUCUUUAGAGACUACAUUAUGAGUAGCGGCAUGUGUGAUGUGACGCAUGACAGCUGUGAGUACAUAUUGCAGAACAAAGGACCUGGCAACUCAAUCGUCAUAGUUGUUGGUGGUGCCUCAGAGGCAUUAGAUGCCCACCCUGGCACUAAUGUGUUGACGUUAAAGGCUCGAUAUGGCUUCAUCAAGCUUGCUAUAAGAAAUGGUGCUUCUCUUGUCCCAGUUUAUGCAUUUGGAGAAAAUGAUGUCUUUAACCAAGUCAGCAAUCCCAGGGGAUCUAUGUUGAGGAGGAUUCAGACAAAGAUACAGAAAACAGUUGCCUUUGCACCAGUGCUGUUCUAUGGCCGUGGAAUAUUCCAGUACACCUUUGGUUUGCUUCCUCAUCGCAAGCCUAUACAUGUUGUCGUUGGAUCACCAAUAGAGGUUGAGAAAAAUGAAAACCCAUCUAGGGAUGAAGUGCAGCGUGUCCAUGACCUCUAUGAGGAUAAACUUGUUAAGCUCUUUGAAGAUAAUAAAGAGAAAUAUGGGCUGAAGAAAGAAGACAAGUUAGAAAUAUUGUAAAACAAAGCUUUUCAUGCUUCCACAAGCAAAUCAAAUUAAUUUAUUGAAUCAAUCAGGCUAGUUUAAAAUGAUUGUAUACUCACAAAUUACUGUAUAAUACUAAUAUAUCCAGUAUCAUUGUUAGUGUGACACUCAAGUUCCAGCUUGAAAAUCUAACCAAAAUUUUAUGAAAGAAAUAAUAUUACAAAUGCCUAUCCCAUUCACAACCAAA